AUGUCUCCCCUCUCGUCCGUAUGUCUGCUGGGCGAGAUGGGAGCUGCUGCUUGGGGCAGGACUCCUUCCGUUCGUCUGCUCUGGCAGUCCAUCCGCUUCGCUUCUUCCUCCAGGCUCAUGCGGCGCAAACCUGCACGUAUGGCCCUGUCUCGGGAUGUUGCAAAACCGUCCUCCGAUCCCUCCCGGCAAUUGAAAAAGGCUCCCCCUCAGUCAUUUAGAAAUAACCCCUUUGGUGGAAUGAACCAAACCCGCGCUCGGCUUACCAAUCGCCCCGCCAGCAGAUCAGAAGCGGAAUUGAAAAGAUCUUCCUUGGAUGGGAAUGGAAAGGACUCACUGUACAAGAGCAAGGAAGGGUCGAAUUUUAGGGCUCUCAAAAUGCAAGUUGUCCUGUCGCCUAUACCUUACUCGCGCCGGAACAGGAUUAAAGAGAAGAUCGCCUCCGUCACAAGCUUUGAUCAGUUCCAGCUUCUCCCUCAAGUACGGGACGCUGUCUACAGAAAUGCGUUCCCCAACUUGACAGAGGUUAGUCCAACGCCCAUCCAGCGGGUAGCCAUCCCGGCAUUACUUAGACCGCCCAUCGAGUCUGAGAAAAAUAACACUGCGAAGAAGAAAACAAGUGAGGGGAGUGAAGAAGAUAUGGAGAUGUUCAAUUUCGAUCAGUUUCUUUUAGCCGCUGAGACUGGGACGGGGAAAACUCUAGCCUAUCUCCUCCCUGUCAUUAACUGGAUUAAACGGGCAGAGAUGGUAGAGAAGGAAACGGAGAUGAUGGAAAAUGAGAAAAAACAAAAGGAGGAAGUGGAGAAAAAGAAAGAGAAUUUGUUUGAGCUCGAUGCUCCCGAGGUGGUUACAAAGGAACACUCAAACGUCGCACGCCCCAGGGCUGUCAUUCUUGUCCCAACAGCAGAGCUGGUCGAGCAAGUUGGGAAACUUGCAAAGCAGCUUUCGCAUACGGUUAAAUACCGCUCCGCUAUGAUCUCAUCAGCCUACACCCCCCGCAGAAUUACAAAUAACCUCUUCAAGCCCGCCGGCAUAGACAUCCUAAUCUCCACCCCGCAUCUCCUCACCUCCAUCGCCAGGACAAACCCCUACAUCCUCAGCCGCGUCACCCAUCUCGUCGUCGACGAGGCAGACUCCCUGUUCGACAAAUCUUUCUCCCCCCUAACGUCCUCCAUUGUCGAAAGGACCGCCCCUUCCCUGCAACAAAUGAUCCUCUGCUCUGCCACCAUCCCCCGCAGCCUCGACACACUCCUCAAGACGAAAUUCCCCAAAAUGAAACGCCUGAUAACUCCAAACCUCCACGCCAUCCCCCGUCGCGUCCAACUAGGCGUCAUAGACGUCGACAAAGACCCGUACCGCGGAAACAAAAAGCUAGCCUGCGCCGACAUAAUCUGGUCCAUAGGCAAAGCGGGCGAAACCCGCGACUUCGAAGAAGCCUACCCAGCCUCCCUUUUCCCAGAAUCAAAGCAUAUCAUCGUCUUCGUCAACGAGCGUGAGACGACAGAGGAAGUCACCCAGUUCCUGAACGAGAAGGGUAUACAUGCCGUCGCGCUAUCUCGGGAUACACCCGAUCAACGAAAGGAUGAGAUCCUCGAGGAAUUCACGCAUGCCAGACCGCCACCGACGCCCAAGGAGGUCAAGGAUGCGCAGCAAAAUAAGAAGAGUUGGUUUUCGGAUUCUGUGCCCUUUGUUCGGGAUCAGGAUCCACGGGUACUGGGCCCACAGAAGUGGUUGCGUGAUACUAAGGUGCUUGUCACGACGGAUCUGGCGUCCAGGGGUAUUGACACUGUUGCUGUACGCAAUGUUGUGUUGUAUGAUGUCCCGCAUACAACUAUUGAUUUUAUACAUCGUUUGGGGAGGACGGGGCGGAUGGGGAGGAGAGGGCGGGGGAUUGUGUUGGUUAGCAAAAAGGAUCGGAAAGAUGUGGUUAAGGAGGUUAGAGAGGCGAUGUUUAUGGGUCAGGCUUUGAUAUAG